GCUUAAAAUUUCCAUCAAUAGCAAAUGAAUGGCUUAUUUACGGACAACGACAGCCGUUCAGGUUUUUUAUUUGAUAUUCUAACGAGUAGUACGCAACCAAUUGCCGGCUUGUUGCUAUGGGCAACCGCACUGGUGUUUAUAAAUGAGCUAUUGAGUCUCUGAUAAGUUCUGAAGAGAAUUUGCUGUUGGACUGGAGUUUUCUUUUUUCAGCCUUUUUUAUAAGAUGGUCAACAAGCCUUAUGGUUCACACUGCUAUUAUUGGCUUUUGCUAAGGGGAAUUUGGUAAUCUGAGAAGGCUGGCUUUAAUUUCCACCAGUCAAAAUGCCUGUCCGUGGAUUGUGGGUCUUAAGUCACAGACAGGGGCAUUCUGCAGUGAUGAGGUUUUCCAGACGAUAUCCUACUGUAGAAAAAAGAGCAAAGAUUUAUAACAAAGCAAGUUAUGUGGCCAUCCCUGAGGACAAAGAUCUGCUUAAAGCAUUACUUCUAGAGCUGGGACUGACAGAUGAAAACAAAAACUUUGUGGAAUAUAGAGACAAUUGUUCCCGAAUCAACAAGACCAAUGUGUACUCAUUGUCUGUGUCAGAAAGAAAACUUUGGCCUGUUUUGGCAGUCCAAAAAGCAGACUUUAUAUAUGUCUGUAUUCCUUUGGUUGAACAGUCCCUGACACCACCACCACCUCUUCUAACAAUUAACAGCAUAUCUGAAGCUUUUGCUUUAGUAUCUGGAGUGAUGUUGUUUAUCAGUGUUGGACAGAACAGCGAAACAGAAGUCUCAAGCAGGCUUGCCCAGCUCCCUGUUUUGGUAACACAGGCUUGUCCACUAGGUUCGCCAGUUGAUACCAAUUUGUUUGCUUUGCAUGAUAAUUCAGCAACCUCUGCCAACCAGACAUGCAAAACUCCAGCAUGGAAAACCAGUAAACAAAAGGGCAAAGCUCAAAUUGAUGUUUCCAUCACUGAAAAAGUACAAUCUACACAGUAUGACAAGGGCGAUGAUAGUGACACAUGGCAAGUUUUUGGAACAGUAUCAUGCAAGUGCAAUUUGGAAGCAAUCACUCCCAAUGUAAUAGUGGGCUUGAAUCUUCCUGCCAAUGGCUCACCACUUCAAGAUAUCCUGGUCCAUCCCUGUGUGACUUCUGUUGACUCUUCUAUGCUUAUAUCAAGCAGUGUUGCGCUAACUGAUGAUUCUGCAUUCAAUGGACCCUACAAAUUUCCCUUCAUUCCUCCCUCAGAUACGUUCCAGUUGUGCUAUUACACAUCUCAGGUACCUGUGCCACCAAUUCUGGGCUUUUAUCAGAUGACAGAAGAUGGCUCACAAGUUCAUUUAUCUAUUAAACUGAAACUUCAUGAAACCGUAAAGAAUGGAUUUGAAUACUGUGAUGCUAAAAUACCUUUCUUCAACAGGGGCCAAAUAAAGCAUCUAGAGUAUAAAGUUAGCCAUGGACAACUUGAACUAUCAAGGGAGAAGAGCCUUUUGGUAUGGGUAAUUGGUCAAAAAUUUCCCAAAUCACUUGAAAUUUCAUUGAAUGGAACAGCAACCUUCAGUUCUGAGGCCCAUCCAAAUGAUCCUGCAGACCCUAUAUGUGUUGGGGCCACAGGAUAUGUUAAACUUUCUUUUAGGAUUCCUGACUAUAGUCUCACUGGCUGUUAUGCGGACCAACAGACUAUGCAAGUGUUUUCAUCAGCAAAGCCGAAAAUUGUUACGUCCAGAGAACUCAUAUCUUCAGACUAUUACAUAUGGAACUCCAAAGCACCAGCACCAGUGACAAGCAGAUCUUUUUAUGCAUAAGCCUUCUGCUUUGUUGUACUUGUCUUUUUGUAUUGUUUUGACAAUAAACUGCACUCCAUGUUAUACAAA